AGCAUGCUGGUUAGUUCAGAAAAGAAGUGAGAGGUACUUUUAAAGGACACCAUUUUUACUUAAGCUCAUUUAUAAUGGUUUUGGAAUAUUUGUCAGUUCUUAAACAUAAGCUUUUGAAUGUUAGACCUUUCCUGUAACUUAUUAUUGGAAGUUUCAGGGCUUUGGGGCUCAGUUAAGAAUUUUGGCCUCUCCUCAUUCCUUUGGUUUUGGCCAAAUGAUUAUGUUUCCACAUUUUGGAAAGAUUUCUUUGGGUAUUUUGAUAUUCGUCCUGAUAGAAGAAAACCUUUCAUCAUUAACAGAAGAAAUCCAAGAACCCAAGAGUGCAGUUUCUUUUCUCCUGACCAACUCAGAAUCUGCAGACCCUUCUCUGUCUACAGACAAGAAACAACCCUUGGGCCACAGAGAAGCUGAGAGACAAUGGUUGCUCCGAAGAAGGCGAUCUACUCUGUUUCCUCAUGGAGUAAAAAUCUGCCCAGAUGAAAGUGUUACAGAGGCGCUGGCAAACCAUGUGAAGUAUUUUAAAAUCCGAGUGUGCCAAGAAGCUGUUUGGGAAGCCUUCAGGACUUUUUGGGAUCGACUUCCUGAGCAUGAGGAAUAUCAUUACUGGAUGAAUUUGUGUGAGGAUGGAAUCACAACUAUAUUUGAAAUGGGCACAAAUUUUAGUCAGUCUGUGGAACACAGAAGCUUAAUUAUGAAGAAACUGGCAUACACAAAGGAAACUGUAGGCAGUUCCUGCAAUGACCAGGCCUGUGGCCCUGAAUUGUCAUCCACGGUUCCUGUCGUGGAUACCUCAACAUUAGGAGGUGAUACCUCAACAUUAGGAGGUGCUGUUCUCAGUGUUCCAUAUCCAGGGGUGGGUUCCUAUGAAGAUACCUCAGACAGCAGCUUGAAUAGGCCAGAGGAGAGUCUUAGCAAUGAAAUUGAGAAUGCGAUAGAAGAAUCCACAAAACCAGCCACUGAGCAGAUUGCAGAAUUCAGUAUCCACCUUUUGGGGGAGCAAUACAGAGAGGAACUACAGGAUCCUUCCAGCUUCCACCGCCAGCACCUUGUAGAAGAGUUUGUUUCACAGGUUGAAAAUGCAUUUACUGGGUUACCGGGCUAUAAGGACAUUCGUGUACUUGAAUUUAGGUCCCCCAAGGAAACUGGCAGUGGCAUAGAUGUUCACUAUGCAGUUGCCUUCAAUGGUGAGGCCAUCAGUAAUACCAGCUGGGACCUAAUCAGCCUUCAUUCCAACAAGGUGGAAAACCAUGGUCUUGUGGAACUGGAUGAUAAGCCCACCGCCGUUUAUACCAUCGGUAACUUCAGGGAUUAUAUUGCUGAGACACUGCAUCAGAAUUUUUUGCUGGGGAACUCCUCUUUGAAUCCAGAUCCUGACUCCCUUCAGCUUAUCAAUGUGAGAGGAGUUUUACUUCCCCAAACUGAAGACCUAGUUUGGAACACCCGAAGUUCAAGUCUUCAGACAACCCCACCAUCGCUUCUGGAUAAUACCCUUCAUGUUGAAUGGCCCUCAGCAGAUGAAUCCACCACCAGCAGUAUUUCACCACUUGAUUUCAGCUCUGGUCCUCUCUCAGCCACUGGCAGGGAACUGUGGUCAGAAAGCCCUUUGGGUGAUUUAGGGUCUACACUCAAAUUAGCCUUUCCCUCGAAGGUGGGCCUCAGUUCUUCCCCAGAGAUUGUAGAGGUUAGCAGUUUGACUCUUCAUCCUGUCACCCCAGCAGUGCUUCAUACUGGCUUGCCUGUGGCUUCUGAGGAAAGGAAUUCUGAAUCUCACUUAUUAGAAGAUGGAUUAACCAAAGUUGAAGGGUCAGAAGAUUUUCUUUCAGUUGAUCCAUUGCCUUCAAGUCCAUUCACUAAUCUUGUGCCAAAAGAAACAAUACCAUCCAUGGAAGACUCUGGGGUUUCUUUGACAUCCUCCCCAUAUCUGGUCUCCUCUGUCACAUUAGAUCUUCUUGCUAAAGAAAUAACUACACGUUUUGGCAUGGACUCUUUGGCCUCCAAAGUCAAAGGCCAAUUAGAAGUGAGCACUUUGAUGUCAGACACAUCCAUGGAAAAAGAGUUCAUAUUUGAGAGUGGCUUAGGUUCAGGGGCUGGGCGAAAGGUGAGUCUGAUUACUUGGCCAUGGAGCGAGACUUCAUUAGAGAAGAGCACUGAACCACUGUCCAAGUCAUGGCUUGAAGAUGAGGAUUCACUUUUGCCAACUGAGGGUGUUGAUGAUAAACUGGUUACAGAUGACAAAAUGGAUUCCACAGAUGAAAGUAUGGAGUCCUCAAAAUAUGGGCAUUUUGAGAGAUCCACAAACUUUGCAGAGGAAGAGCCCCUUGGUGGAUCUACUGUGCCCAUCUUUGCAGAGACCACAACUCAAUCUGUAUCUCUCAUUCUCUCCAAGCACACCUCAGAGGCUCCUGACAUUGAUUAUUACUCAGUUACCAAAUCACCUCCUCUACUGACAGCUAUAGUAAUCUCUGCUCUUACUGAUAAACCCGAUCAAGUAGAACACUUUCUAAAGGAGGAUAUGGAACAAACUACAGAGUCAUCCAAUCGUGAAUGGUUCAACAGCAAGAUUUCAGUAGUGAAGCCAGAUAUGCAACCUUUGUGGACCAUAUUGCCAGAAUCAGAAGUAGUUCGGGCAAAAACUUCUUCCCUAGGGAAAUUGUCCAGAGACAUGUUGACAAGUACACCGGAGAGUAUUGACAAGCUCUGGUUGAAAGCUUCCAUGACACAGUCUACCAAAUUGCCUCUAACCACAAGCCCCACCCUGCUGGAGGAUGAAGUAAUUAUGGGCGUUCAGGAUAUUUCAUUAGAGCUAGACCGAAUAGGCACAGUUUACUAUCAGCCUGAGCUAAUCCCAGAAGAAAGUGGCAAGGUUGGUAGUUAUGUGGAAAUGUCUACAAAUGUCCAUUCCACAGAGAUGGCUAUUGCGGCUAGGCCCACAAAAAGAGGUGACUCAAAUCAGACACAGGCUGCAGGAGCUUUGCUGGUUUUCUUUAGCCUCCGAGUGACUAACAUGAUGUUUUCAGAAGAUUUGUUUAAUAAAAACUCUGUGGAGUAUAAAGCCCUGGAGCAGAGAUUUUUAGAAUUGCUGGUUCCCUAUCUCCAGUCAAAUCUCACAGGGUUCCAGAAUUUAGAAAUUCUGAACUUCAGAAAUGGCAGUAUUGUGGUGAACAGCAGAAUGAAGUUUGCCAAGGCUGUGCCUCCUGAUGUCAACAAUGCUGUCUACAUGGUUCUGGAAGACUUUUGCACCACGGCCUACCAAACCAUGAACUUGGAUAUUGAUAAAUACUCCCUUGAUGUCGAAUCAGGUGAUCAAGCCGACCCAUGCAAGUUCCAGGCAUGCAAUGAAUUUUCCGAGUGUUUGGUCAGUCCCUGGAGUGGAGAAGCAGAGUGCAGAUGCCACCCUGGGUACCUGAGUGUGGAAGAACUGCCCUGUCAGAGUCUCUGUGACCUACAGCCUGACUUCUGCUUGAAUGAUGGAAAGUGUGACAUUAUGCCCGGACAUGGGGCCAUUUGUAGAUGCCGGGUGGGUGAGAACUGGUGGUACCGCGGUGAGCACUGUGAGGAGCUUGUGUCCGAGCCCUUGGUGAUAGGCGUCACCAUCGCCUCUGUGCUGGGACUGCUUUUCAUCUCUUCUGCUGUCAUCUUCUUCCUUGUCAAGACUCUUCAAGCUCAGAAUGUUAGGAGAGAAAGAAAGAGGCCCUUUGGCAGGCAGUCUGACAGCCUCUCAUCCAUUGAGGAUGCUGUGAAGUACAAUCCCACAUAUGAAAGCCAUGUCGCCGGACUCGAGCAAUAUGAAGGACCCUAUCCUCAGCAUCCCUUCUGCAGCUCUGCAGGUGGAGAAGUGAUUGGUGGUCUGAGCAGGGAAGAAAUCAGACAAAUGUAUGAGAAUAGUGGGCUUUCCAGAAAGGAGAUUCAAGAAAGAAUGAGAAUUUUGGAACUGUAUGCCAAUGAUCCUGAGUUUGCAGCAUUUGUGAGAGAACAUCAAAUGGAAGAGCUGUAAUCAAAACUCUUAUUUUGGAAUUGAUCAGAAGCCUAGAGAAGAUGGAGAUCACUUGUUACUUUUAUCAUAUAAUUAACCUGGAUUUUGAACUCUGUUGGAAGAAGAAUAUUCUGUUAAAAAACAUUAAAUUUGGAAAAAAAAUAUUUUUUCCAGUUUAAAAUUUCAGCAUGUAAUAAGAGAUGUGACAAUGUUUAUACUUACAAAACAUUUUUAUACCUAAGCUGUAUUUAAAGAAAUUCAAAACUGUAUGAGUUCUGGAAAGCAUUCUACAAGAACACAUCCGGGUCUGGGAUUUGGGGGUGCAUUGUGUCUCCAAGGGUGUCUCUUAAUACCCAUGCCUCAGAUUUCCCAGGAGGAAGAGAAGGUGAAUCUAUUAUAGGAGAAGGCAAGCUUAGGAAGUGACUAUUUUGUAAUGUGUUUGUUAUUGUCAGAUGGAAUGAGAAGCCUUUGAAGUAGUUUUAAUAUAGUUUAUAGUCAGAUAUCCAUCUAAAUAAAACUAAGUUUUUCUGGGGAUCAAACUACUGAAGCAGAACCUUUGGCUUGAGUAUAGAGUUAGGCUUGUACUUGAUGCUUCUACCAGAGUUUUGUAUUUCCUGAGCAUAUUUAUCAAGAUCAUGUUAUUGUUAAGUAUGUCAGUAUCUCUUUUUUUAAAGCUGUUAAUAUGUCUUCAUAUUUGCCAAAAACAAUCUGGAACAGUUUGAUUUCUUUCUGACCAGGGAUAGAGUGACCAUAAGAUAAAAUACUUGGUUCACUUUUUUUUUCCCCCUUAACUUGAUAACUGCCGGUUUCAUUCAUUAAGAGGAUACCAGGAACUAACUCUCUAGGCUGAGUACGUGCCACUGUAAAGCUAUUGAAAGCCUUGAAGAUAUCCAGAUAUUUUGCAAAGUUAUGUAUGGGUAACAGCGUGUGUGUGUGUGUGUGUGUGUGUGUGUGUGUGUGUGUGUGAAGGCAGUUCCCUUAUCUCAGUAUUUCUUUUCAUUCUCUACUCACAAAAAGGAUUCUCUAUAACUUCAGCAUAGGUACAAGCCACUGUUGGGACCUUUUUUACUGGGCCCAUUUGAAAGUUAAUUGAUAAUUAUCUUUAACACAUGAUAAACGUUACUGAAGUUUGUCACUACUAAAUGCUUAAGUUAAUUUGUAAAACUUCCAAAGAUUUCUGUUUAGCUUCUAAACUUUUUCCCUAAGCUUAUUGUUUUAGAUGACAAAGAAAAUUAGUUUGAUCACACAUUAACCCUAGAAUGUGACCUUUUGAACAUCUGCGUGCUGGCAGCAUUCUAGGUGAACAGAAAGGGAGCUAGAGCAGGUGACCAUGUGCGACACAUAGGCGAAGCACAAACUGAGCUGAAGGAGAAUUGAUGUUUUCCAGCAGCCAGGCAGUGAAGUGGGGAUUUAAGAAUUCUGACCCGUCUCUGUCUCCGAUUUUCUUGUGUAUGACCUUUUCAUGCAAGAGCAAGUCACUUAGUUCUAUAUGACUGCCUCCUCCACACCUAUUAAAUGGAAGAGUAAAGGAAGUUCUAAACUCAGAGAGAGACCUGGAGGCCUCAGUGCAGGAACCCCACCUUUGCUAUAGCUGAACCACAGUGAGGAAGAUCAGAGAAUGCAGUUUCCACGCGGAAGAUCCACUGAUGCUCAAAGUAAAGGACCUGUCAGUAUGACAGGACAAAUUACCCAGAAAGAGCUUCUUCUUUUUAAUUUAAGUAUAGUUGAUAUACAAUAUUAUAUUAUUAGUAAUUAUAUUUCAUGUGUACAAUAUAGUGAUUUGACAUAUGUGUGAUUCUUUAUCGCGUAAUCUCCCCACUAAUUCUAGUAAUCAUUUGUCACUGUGCAAACAUCAAAAUAUUAUUGACUAUAUUCUGC